GUCGGAAAAGCCGUUUCGGAGGUAAGGUAAUUCAUCAAAACCUUGAUGCAAUCGGGGGCUGUCUCAUGCCGCGUUGGUUCUGUUUCUGCGGGAUCUGCCUUCGGUACCCGUGCAGGAUGGGGGCGCAGCUCUGCAAUAUUACCCAUGUCCACAUCGAGAGAUCACGACACGACCACGGAAUCUGCAACAGCCUCAAAAUGCACAUCAUCGACCCUUUCCCGCACCACGUGGUCCCCAUGCUCUGGGGACGCUCUGACAGAACACGUGCAAUCUUCGACUUCAAGGGCUAGAUCUUCAACUCCACGGCCGACACCUCCAACCUCACGAUAUCGGACAUCACGGACCCCAACCUCGAGGGCAAGAUCUUCAGACUCAAGGGCAUGAUCUUCAGCUCCUAGGGCAACGUCUUGAUCCUGGCGGUCUCUGACAUCAUACUCUUGAGUCUCCAGGGCAACAUCUUCAGCUUCCGAGGCAAGGUCUUCAGCCUCUAGGGUCAGAUGUUCUGCUCCAGGGACAACGCACUCAAUCCGACGAUCCCCGGCGUCAAUAUCUUGGGCCUCCAGGGCGCGAUCCCCAGCCUGCGCGGCAAGAUCGGCAGCCUCAAGGGCUGGAUCAUCAGCUUCACGGCGAAGACCUUCAACUCUUGCGUCCACAGUGCGCUGGGCCCGCCGCCGCGUCGAUGCCCACGCGAGAGCCCACGCGGCCGCUCGUGGUCGGGGCGAGUCCUUGCAAGGCAAAAAUCACGACGGCCCGCAGUCACUGAAGUGCAGCCACCACAUAACGCACCUGCUCCAACGCCGACGAGUUCACGCUCGUGGUCGGGGCGAGUCCUUACAAGGCAAGGAUAGCGAAGACCCGCGACCACAGCAAUGCAACCGCCACGUAACGCACCUGCUCCAGCGCCGACGAGUUCGCGAGUCGCAGCUGACGGCAAAUAACACACGGGACACAUAAACAAUUCAUGCUGGCCUCAUUCAGUCCUUUCACGCCUCAGGGCGGGAAAGAGCUCGCUCGUCACUCUGCUAUAUCGCAGAUCAAGCAGCUGGCACUCCACACGAUGUGAUUGUUUGUCCUCGCAGUUCCUGCAAGCAAAGAGACACCAUAACUUUCCUCGAAGGUGGCGGCUCGGAAAUCUGUCAGCCACGCUCCAGACACACAAAUCCGCCUUCGCAAUAAACGACGGCCCAUGAUACGGGAAAAGGGACAAGGCAAGCACGACUAUCAUCCCAAACAAUCUCCACGAGUUCCGCUCGGCGACCAGGCGACCAUCGAAUCAACUUUGAAACAAAAAGCAGAAUCAGCAGGAGAGGGAGAAGGUGACGUGCGAGCUGUGCGUGAGCAAGCCGCUGCUGGCACCGACGUCCUCUCUCAACG